GAUGGCCACGUUCCAAGCUAACCCUAACCUGCAAGACGAAGGUAAUAACAACUCUGGUAGAGGCGGCCCCUUUGGGAAACUGACACGCAAGGCGAUCCUUCUAGGCCUGCCCAGGAUGGCUGCUCGAUCCACGCGGUCCUUGUUCAUCUUCAGCGAGGAGAACUUUAUUCGCAAAUACGCCAAGAUCAUCAUCGAGUGGGGAUAUCCUUGCUUCGUAUCGUUUCACUCCUUAACUGCACUCACGCCGUUCGAGUACAUGGUACUGCUGACAAUCAUCGCCAACUGUAUAGUGUUGGCCCUAGAGGAACAUCUUCCACAGUCUGACAAAACACCGCUUGCCUUGCAGCUGGAUGAAACAGAGGUGUACUUUUUAGGCAUCUUCUGUGUAGAAGCUUCACUAAAAAUCAUUGCUUUAGGAUUUGUUUUACACAAGGAUUCUUACUUGAGGAGUGUUUGGAACAUCAUGGAUUUCAUUGUAGUAGUUACAGG